GGGUUGGUCUGCCCCAUGCUGGCUUGUGGUAAUAUCCCAUGCAGAGGACAUUUGCUUUGAUCCAUGAGCCUGAAGGGACAGAGGAAGCAGCAGAUAGCGAAACAGUGUUGUCCAAGCACUGGCAGAGGAGAUGAAUCCCACUCCUCUGGUCUCUGCCAGUUCACUGUUUUAACUGGAUGUUGAUGCAUUUUAAGUGAGUGCUUUGCAUCUCCUAAAUAGUUCAAGAGUAGCCCUUGUACAACAGCUGAAGCUAUCUUGGCUCUUGUGUAACACAAAAGGGCACUGAGGAAGCAAUUUGCCUGUUGGCAAAUGUCCAUUCCUAGCCCAUUUUGCAGUGGGCCAUUAAACAUAUCUAGUCAUGGCACACUUUGGUUGGUCACAGGCAUACUGGGAAGUGGGGAAAAGUGGAAGGGGAAGGUACAAUCCCAUGGUCUGAUCAGCUGAGAAAGUCAAGAACAAGAAUGAAGGACCUUAUCACUAUUGGUUCUAAUUAUCACCAGUCAUGAGGAAGGUGCCUAAGGCAGGGGAAAGUAGAGGCAGACCCCUUCUGUCCUCUGGGUUUAGUGAUGGGUAAGAUGGGCUGUGGUUCAUGAGGCAAAGAUGAUACCCCCUAAAAGAUCCAGAGUGCAUGGAGAGGAAAGUAUGCCGAAAAUGUGAAAAACGUGGAUAGCAACCUUGAUAUAAUAUUUGAGCAAAGCGCUUUCCGAGUGAAUGUGGCUGCCAAAGCCAAUACAAUACAGACAUACCUUUGGAAGGAAGGAAGGAAGGAGAGAAGGGGAGACAUUGGUGUGCCACUUGCCUCUGAAGACAUGCAGUGUCCAUGAUGUAAUUUCCUCCCAUCUACAGCUGUGGUUAGUGACUUGUGUUUAAUCAUGCAGCACUUCCUCUCUCUUCCGCUCAUGACCACCCAACUCAAGUCAGAUGGACAGAGAGGGAAGGACGGAGUGACUAGGCAGCAAGUUACUCUCCUGGACAGUCCAGUGCAGAGCACUGAGCUCCUGCUGCGCCACAGUGGCAUGUUAAUCUCCCACUUCAUGAUGCUCCUCACCACUGUGCAGCUCCAGCUCUGCCAGAUGGUCCAUGAGGAAGUGAACGCAGCUGUAGCCCCUGCUCCAACCCUCUCGGUGCUGCAGGCAAAGGAGGAGUAUUUUCUUGGAGAGUCUGUCACGCUGGUGUGCACCACUCCAGCCAACAUCACUGGGAAGCGUUUGUACCAACUUUUUGGUGAGGCCGGCUGGGCACUAUCAGAGUUUAGCUGGAGGAACAACUACACCUACACGUUCACCCUCUCCCAAAUGCAGCACAAGGGGCCGCAUUUAUGCACCUACACCCUCCAGAAAGCCCAGAGGUCAUUCAAAUCCCCACCCAGCGAGGAACUGAUGAUCAGUAUUGCUGAUCAUCUUCCACAGCCACUGCUGAUGGUGGAGUCCCCGCUGGGAGAGGUGAUGAAAGGAGAUCUCCUAAGGAUCAUCUGUAAGGCCCCUGGAAAUGCCACCGAGCGGAGGUUUCACUUCUACCGGAAUGGAGAAGAGGUUGCCCCCAGGAAGGUGGGCUCUGAGAACAACAUAUCUGAGAGAGAGGGCAUUUUGAAGAAUGCCAUGGUCCUCCACUUUCUACACGCUGGUCCCCAACACAGUGGAAACUUUACCUGCAAGUAUGAGGAAAAGAUGCAGGAGAGAUGGAUCCCCUCCCUCACAAGCCAAGCCAUAAAUAUCACUAUUAAUAGCAACAAGAGGGGAAACAGCUGCUUCCUCAUUUUACGGUUAUUGGUUGUGGGUGGCUGCUUCUUCACCAUCAAUAGCCUCAUCCUCGUCUUCUUCUGGAUGUGGGUGAAAGACAAAGAUUCCUCAUUACAGUUUGAAGCCAGACUCCUUGGGACCUCCCAAACAGCCUGUAGAUCCUUGUCCACCCUGCAACUCCAACCCAGCCCUCAGCAUCAUAAUGCCUCCCAGUUGCCCCCCUCAGCUGCCCAGUGCCUCUCCAUCUCUGGUAACAGCACCCUGCUGUCUUUGCCAGCUUCCCGCGUGGUGGGUGCCAUCCUCCUUGGGGCUGCUGCCCUCCUGGGACUACCAGGAAAUCUCUUUGUAGCCUGGAGCCUGCUGCGGUGGACACAGCCUGGGUGCCGCUCUGUCACUGCUGUGCUAGUGCUCAACCUGGCCCUGGCCGAUGGCGCCAUCCUCCUCCUCGCACCCUUCUUCGGCCUCUUCCUUGCCGCUCGCUCCUGGCUCCUCGGUGAGGUGGCCUGUAAGACUCUCUACUACAUCUGUGGCCUUUCCAUGUACGCUAGUGUCUUCAUUGUCACCCUACUGAGCCUCGAUCGCUGCUUGGCUGUCUAUCAGCCCUUCCUCUCCCUCACCCUGCGGAGGAAGGCUGUGGCCACCAAGGCCUUGGUGGCCACGUGGCUGGGAGCUGCCAUCUUGGCCUCACCAGCACUAGUCUACCGCCGUGUGGUGCCAGACCCAGCUGCGCCUGGCCAGCUCUGUGAGCCAUGCCAUGGUCACCCUGCUGCGGCUGUCUUCCACCUUGCCUUGGAGACAUCUGUGGCCUUUGUGUUGCCCUUCACCAUUAUUGCUGGCAGCUAUGCUGCCAUCCUGCUACGGCUGCGAGGCCGGCCGUGGCACCGCGGAGGCCGCACAGGCAGGUUGAUUGCCGCUGUGGUGCUCUGUUUUGCCACUCUGUGGUUGCCCUAUCAUGUGGUCAAUGUCUUGCAGGCCACCUCCAGUGUGGCCACAGGCCAGACAGCUGAGAACCUGGGCCGGGCCUGGAAGGGUGCCCGGGCAGGGGCCACCGCCUUGGCCUUCCUCAGCAGCAGCCUCAACCCCAUCCUCUAUGCCUUUGCUGCUGGCCACCUUAUUCGGUCCUCUGGGGCUGACUUCCUUGUCCGCUUCUUUGAAGGCACCUCUGGGGACCUCAGUGGGAAUCAGCCAGCCCAGGGACACCCAGCAAUGGACAUGGUGGGACCUCCCAUGCAGUGACUCUAAUUACACCAA